AUGGCACGGAACCGUGGAGGAAGAAAGCAAGUUCCGUCUCGGCGGUCAUUGCGAUUGAUGAAUACUUCAGAGAAAGACUCCACUCAAACAAGAUCUGAAGUCGAGACGGUUGAGAUUCAAUCUGAUAUUGAUGUGGAUCGAACAGAGACUGGUAAGGAUCAAAUCGAAGAGGAGACUGAGAAGGAUGGACCUGAGGCGGAUCGAAUCAAAGAGGAGACUGGUCCUGAGGCUGAUCGAAUCGAAGAGGAGACUUGUCCUGAGGCUGAUCGAAUUGAAGAGGAGACUGGUCCUGAGGCUGAUCGAAUCGAAGAGGAGACUGGUCCGGAGGCUGAUCGAAUCGAAGAGGAAACUGGUAAGGAUCAAAUUCCUUCUGAUACUGAGACGAAUCGAAACCCAUUGGAGACUGAGGACGUGGCGAUGAUUCCUGAACCAAACAGUGAGCCAAUGGCAAAGGCGGUUCCUCAACCCAAACUCAAACGCAAGCGUAAAAGGAAGAAGGUUGCUGAAGAUAUUGAAGAUGACCGAGAGGCUGUUAGUGGAGAUGAUUGUGAGGUAGUUGGUGAUGAUGACUGUGAUGAGGUUAGGUAUGCAGACGAAGGUAAUCGUGAAGAAGCUCAUGAAGCUCAUGAAGAUGAUGGUGUAGAUGGUGUAGAAGAAAGAGACGAAGGUAGCCGUGAAGAAGCUCAACCAUCUAAAGGACCAUCUUCUCAACCAUCUCAAGGACCACCAGCUCAGCCAUCACAAGGAGCACCAUCUCAACCAACUCAACCAGCUCAACCAUCUCAACCAUCUCAACCAUCACAACCAUCACAAGGGAGAUCUCAUCCAACAACCUCAGUCAGAGGAAGAUCUCAUCCAACGACCUCAGUCAGAUCAAGAACUCAUAUGGGCGGAUCACAGGGAAGUUCACAGCGAGGAGGUUGGGCACCAUGGUUUGAAUGUUCACGCUAA